AUGGUGCAGCCAACGUUUCGAAGAGCUUGCGAUACUUCCGGAUCGACGUUUCCUGGCGCGGAGAUGAGAAUUUCUUGCAUAAACUUCCUUCCUGUGUUGGUCGAAACCUCUCGAGCACCAACACUUUUAGAUCCGCCCAGUCCUGUAUCACCCGCCGGCUGGAACCAAGCCAAAGCUUCUCCAUUUAAGCUUACCAUUCAGCUCUCUGGCGCAUCAGUUCGUCUAGUUUUUCCAACAUCAGCGCCAUUCCCUACUCAAGCCUGGGAAUCUUCUUCAAAUCUUCUCUCACCAUUUCCAAUUCCUUAUGAAAUCCUCUUUCGUUCCCUCCGCCCUCUCUUUCUCACGGUCGUCAGUCCUCUUCAUCAUUCCCAGAAAGUUCCCUUUGAAGAGGAUGAGAAGGACCCCAGUAUUUGGUUUCUUGAUCACAACUACCAUGAAUCAAUGUUUUCGAUGUUCAAGAGAAUAAAUGCCAAGGAGCAUGUUGUAGGUUGGUAUAGUACUGGACCAAAGCUACGGGAGAAUGAUCUAGAUAUUCACAGAUUGUUCCACAACUAUGUUCCAAAUCCCGUUUUGGUCAUCAUUGAUGUCCAACCGAAGGAGCUGGGAAUACCCACCAAGGCCUACUAUGACGUUGAAGAGGUUAAAGAGAAUGCUACUCAGAAAAGCCAAAAGAUUUUUGUUCAUGUGCCCUCUGAGAUUGCUGCUCAUGAGGUUGAGGAAAUAGGAGUGGAACAUUUACUAAGGGAUGUCAAGGAUUCAACCAUUAGUGCACUUGCAACGCAGGUUACUGGAAAACUUACAGCCUUAAAGGGUUUGGAUGCACGCUUGCGAGAAAUACGUGGUUACCUAGAUCUUGUUGUUGAUAACAAGCUUCCGUUAAAUCAUGAGAUACUUUACCAUUUGCAGGACGUGUUUAAUCUGCUUCCAAAUCUCAAUGUGACCGAGUUAGUCAAGGCCUUUGCAGUGAAAACAAAUGAUAUGAUGCUGGUUAUAUAUCUUUCUUCUCUCAUCCGAAGUGUGAUUGCCCUCCAUAACUUGAUCAAUAACAAGGUAUCAUGCUAUUUCUUCUAA